GAAAGCACAACAAAUAAAGAGACAUUUGGAGGACACACUGGAAUUUUAAGCAGCUAAACGUUUGCUUACAGUCACGUGACGUGAAAGGAAACUCGUUGGAAAUACGCCUAGCACGCGCCCUGUCAAAGCAUCUACAAUGAAAAUCAUCAAAAUGAACAGUGAUGCGAAAGCGGAAAGACAACGCAGAUCAUGAUAACUCGUUUACGACGUUGCUGGACGGCAGAUCCGAUCUAAAGCAUUGCAACAAAAACACAGAAGCUGCUUCAGAAGCAGAAGGUUCGGGGAAAGCAAUGGGAAGACGGUACAAGAGGGGUCUGAUGUGGAGGCUAAAGAGAAUAAUAAUCUGGGUGCUGGGAAUUUACAUCGCCAUCCCUGUUAUCAUCAAACUCUGCCCAUCAAUACAAGCUAAAUUAGUCUUUUUAAACUUUGUGCGAGUACCGUAUUUUAUAGAUCUUAAGAGGCCGCUGGAUCAGGGGUUAAACCACACACAAAACUUCUACCUGCAGCCAGAGGAAGGAAUCAAUAUUGGCGUAUGGCAUACUGUACCCAUGGUGAUGUGGAGGGAGGCUCAGGGUAAAGAUGCUGAAUGGUUUGAAAAAAGCUUCCAGUCCAAUCACCCUGUUAUCCUUUAUCUUCACGGCAACGCAGGGACAAGAGGAGGGGAUCACAGAGUUCAGCUUUACAAGGUUCUCAGUUCAUUAGGCUAUCAUGUCGUCGCAUUUGAUUAUAGAGGUUGGGGUGACUCUGAGGGCAGCCCAUCAGAGAAAGGCAUGACAUCAGAUGCUCUUUAUCUAUACCAGUGGAUAAAGCAGCGGAUCUUCCAGAAGCCCCUCUACAUUUGGGGACACUCGCUGGGCACGGGAGUGGCCACCAACCUAGUGAGACGUCUAUGUGACAGGGGAACUCCACCUGACGCACUGAUUCUAGAGUCACCGUUUACAAAUAUCAGGGAGGAAGCGAAAAGCCACCCCUUUUCUAUGGUUUACAGAUUUCUACCAGGCUUUGACUGGUUCUUCCUGGAUUCUAUAACUGCAAACGACAUACGGUUUGCCAGUGAUGAGAAUGUCAACCACAUAUCCUGUCCAGUUUUGAUCCUCCAUGCAGAAGAUGACACAGUUGUACCCUUCCAGCUGGGAAAAAAGCUUUAUGAUUUGGCCGCCCAAAGCAAGAGUUUGAACGGUCAUAAUGUUCAGUUUAUUCCGUUCCCCGGCUCUCUGGGAUACAGACACAAAUUUAUCUACAAGAGUCCACAGCUACCAAAUAUACUCAGUGAUUUCCUCAGUACGUUGCAUCCGCACGUGUAGUGGAGAUCAAUUCACGUGACUGCCCUCUCUCACACACCAUCAGUCAAACACACACACACACACACACACACACAAUGUACUGUACAUUAUCUGCACUGCGUACAUCAUGUGUACAUGCAUGGACUGAAAAUCCACUUAUAUUUGUUUGCAUUCCUUUAUUUACAUAAAAGCUGGGGAGAAAGUUAUAAUUUUUCAGAGAGUAACAGAGGGACGGGUGAUUUGUUUUGCUGCCCCUUGUUGUAACGGAUCCAAAGAGCCAGCUAGAGCACAGAGUAUGCAAAUUAUUAUGCUAAUAGGAAUAAAAUGAAUGCUUAGGUCACCUUCAAACAAAUAAAGAAGAACGGGUGAAGUUUUAAUGGGGACUUUUCUAAUAGCAGACUUGGGUCAAAGGGAUAAAGCAGGACAGUGCAAUGCUAUGAUGUCAACUUACCUGCUGAGAAAACUCACUUACUGACUACGAUUUUAUUUUUAUAAAUAUACUAUGACAAAUCUGAUCGAAAAUAUGGACCUUAUUUCAAUUCUAAAAUCCACUCAAUGUGAACAGUGAAAUAUUUUAUGUUAAACUUACUACAAUAAAUGUCGUUUUUUUCCUUUUUCUCUUUUGAAUUAUCUGAAUAUUGGCUGAAGGGUUGUGUACUGCCUUGGCGUUUAAUCUUGUGGCGUUUUUAUGGAAUUUAUUUGUGGAUAAACCAGCAAAUGUUAAUGGGCAUUAGUCCACUUCAGCUUCUGUGUGUGCACCCUGCAUUGUUUGGCCGGUAUGCUUUAUGCCACUCUGAAUGCUACACAACUGCAGGUGAAAUUAAAUGAUUUUGUAAAAUGGGAAUUCCCUUUCCAAAUCCAAUGUGUAAUUUAAAUGCAGUCAGAUAAUAGUUUUAGGUCGAUACUAGUUUGCAUGUUUGUUACUUAUAACAUGUUGCACUGUUGAAAGAGAGACAGAAUGCAAAGUCUGUUUCCUUCUUUUUUUUUUUUCUUUUGCAUAUUGUACGUUGUAUUUUAAAUGUAUAUCCAGACUUUGCACAUUCCAAAUAAAUAGAAAUAUCAAUAAUUCCAUAA